AUGAUAAAUUCAACAACUUGUAGAAUGCCCGAUGACAAUGAGGAUUAAAAUCAUCGUCUAAAAAUUCUCGAAACAAACUCAAAUCAAUUCUAUGCUUAAUUAAAAGUAACUCAUUUUAUAAAUCUUAAAGCCCUUAUUUUCAGAAAAUACUUAAUUAAAAUAAAAUCUUAUAGAAAUUAAUGUGUAUAUAGAGGAAAGAAAAAUGCAACUUUGUAAAUAUUUAUCAGAUGUUGGACCUAAUGGAGAAGAUUUGAUUCUUAUUAAAGCAGUAGGAGAUUUGCAACAAAUUUGCGAUUUAAUUGGAGGUACAAAAAUAAUAAAUUAUUAAGAUGAAACAAAAAGGCUUAGAGCAUAAAUUGUGAAUUAAAUUGAAGUUUAAUAAGAAAAAGAAAAGUGUCUUAAAGAAAUAAAAUUAGAUUUACAAAGAGAAGCAGAACGAUUCAUAAAUGAAAAAUAAAGACUUAUUGAUUAAAAUACAUUAUCUCAAUAAGCACAUAAACAAAUUAUUGAGAAUCUAAAAUAACAAAAUGAUAUACUUGUAAAUUUGCAUCAAUUAUGAAGUUAAUGAAAAAUGAAGAUCUUUAAUCAGCUUUAUCAAGAUAAUCUGAAAUAGAAAACGCUUUAAAAAUUAAAUAUAGAUUCAAAUUGGAAGAUGAGAUUAAAUCUUUGACAACCAAAUUGAACUGUCUUAAAAUUUCUAAAUAAGAAGAAGCAGAUAAAUAUGAUUAAGAAAGGAGAAUUUAUUUGAAAUAAUUAGAAUAAUUUAGUGGAAAAUUAAAAUAAGUUAAAUAAGAUAUCAUUGAUGAAUAUGAAUAUAAAUUGGCUACUUAAAAAGUCAAAUUUGAAAAUCAAUUCAAAUUAACAAAAUAAGAAAUUUCUGAUUUAAAAUAUUCUAAUUCCUAACUUUUUGAAAAACAAAAAUUAUGGCAUUUAUAAUAAGAAGUACUGAUUGAUCAAAAGUAUAAAUUAGAACUUCAAAAUAAAGAUUUUAAAAGUUUAAUAUCAAUGCUUGAAGAAAAAUUGAUUAUUCAAGAAGAAUUAACCAUCUAAGCUCAACAUGAAAUAAAUCAAUAAAAGUAUUUUAUCAUCUAUUUUAGAUCUGCUAUAAGUGUUCUCAAAUAAUCCAUAAAUUAAAAGAAGUAAAAUGAGUAAAAUUAUCAAAUAAUUUCAUAAUCUUCAUAGAAAUAACAAUAAUCAAAAUCUUAAACACCAAUAUAGGAAUCAAGGACUUAAUCUACUUAAUAAUAGUAGAAAACAACAAAUUUAAAAAAACAGUCAAAAGACAAUUAAAAAAUGACUGAUUCUUAAAAAUUAGUUAAUCAUAAUUCAUAAGAAAAAAAGAAUUUAUCUCAAAAUUCAACAUACAUCAGUACUAAUACUAACACUGAGUAACAUAAUUAAACUAAAUAAAUAAAGAUGUUGGAUUCCAUAUAAGAAAUAUAAUAUGAACAAUUUUCAUCUACUACAUAAUCAUAACGUGCUGAAUAAAAUUUACAAUUAUUAGAUUCUUUUACACAAACAGAAGAAUCAAUUUUUAAUUAAACUGUCUCUUCUCGAGGUAAAAACUCAUCAAUUCGAAAAAAUAGAUCAUAAUUUGUUUAAUAAUUUCAAUAUAAUCAUGUUGGGACAUAAUAUGAUUCUGAAUUAAAAGAUAGUGAUUAUUUCAAUUUUAAAUUAGAAUUACUAGUUUCUUAAUUAUAAAAUAAAAUUCAAAGUACUUAAGCAAUGUGUGAUUUAAAAUUAGAAUAGAAAAAUUAAGAAAUUGAAGAUUUAAAAAAUUAAUUACAAUCUUAAUAAAAUAAUUUUGAAGCAUAAUAUAAAUAAAUGGAAAUUGAAAUGAAUUUAUUACAUAAUGAAGAAUUAGAAUCAAAGAUAUUAACUAUUCAAAAUUUAAAAGAAAUUGUUGAUUAAAAUAAUGAUAAAAUUAAUGGAUUAGAAGAAGCCCUUAAACUUUUCGAAAUAAAUUAAGAAAACAUUCAUUCAAAAUAUGAAGAUAUUCUCAGUAAAAAAGAUUAAACAAUAAAAGAUAUUGAAAACAGAAUGUAAGAAGAUAAACUUAUGGCAGAAUAAGAAUAAACUAGAUUAUUAUAAAUUAAUUAAAAUCAAAGAGAAGAAUUUUAAUUAGAGUUACAAAACCUCUAAAAUUAGCAUACUUUAGAUGAAUAGAAACUUUAAUAAGAAAAAUUAAUAUAUUAAGAAGAGAAGGCUUCUAUAGAAAAAAUAAAGGAAAAUAAUUAAUUAAUGCUUGAAUAAAUUAAAAAAAAAGAGUUUAUUUUAGAAAAUUAUAAAUCUGAAUUAAUUAAAACAAAUGAAGUAGUGAAAUACCUACAAUUAGAACUUGAAAAUUAUAAAAAAUUAAAUAACAUUUUUAGAUCAAAGGAUGAAAGUUCAUCUUAAAUGAUUACUCAUGGCUUUUUAUCUUAAGAUAUAUAAGAAAGAAUCAAAUAAAGGUUAUAAAAAUCGAAAAUAUCAAAAGAUAACCCUAAAUUUGGAUUUUAAACAAGAGAUGCUUAUAGUAUGAAUUUUUAAAUUUAAAGAAAAGAAAAAAUGAAACAUGUUAAACUGGGAACAUUGAAUACAAGCUUUGAUGAUAAAAAUAUUUAUUAGUAAAUAAUAAAAAUUAAAUUAGAACUUAAAAAAAUAUUUUCAGAUUUAAAAUGAUAGAUGAUGACAGUUAGGGAAUGUUAUAAAUAAAUACAAGAAGAAUGUAAUCAUAAGAUGAUAAAUUUAACAGUGAAAUAAAACUAAAAUAAAAAUGCUUUAAACAAAAUUAAAGAGCAAGUUUAUAUUUUAUUUAUUUCAUUAGAAACUUAAAUUAGUGAUUAUUCAGAAUCAAAGUUAGUAAUUUAAGAUAUUUUAGAAAAAGAGAUACCUGAACAAAAUAGAAGUAAUUAGCUUCUAAGCUCAUUAAAUGAUCAACAAACUAAGUUUAGGAGUGUUCAUAGCACAUACAAUUCUACAAAAAAGAAAUUUAUCUAAAAUCAUUGA